CGAGUUGCAGCAUGGCGGUGCUGAGGGGUUAGCAGAGAGGCUCAGCUCGGCGCGGGGUCCCUCUGUUCCCAACACCGGCCAUGAGCCGGCCGCUGCGGCAUGUGGUGUGUGCCCUAUCCGGAGGUGUGGACAGUGCUGUAGCGGCGCUGCUGUUGAGACGGAAAGGCUACCAAGUGACUGGUGUCUUUAUGAAGAACUGGGACUUGCUAGAUGAACACGGUGCUUGCACUGGUAAUCAGGACUGUGAAGAUGCCUUCAGAGUCUGUAAGAUGCUCAACAUCCCUUUUCACCAGAUUUCUUACGUGAAAGAGUAUUGGCAUGAAGUCUUUAGCAACUUAGUAAAGGAGUAUGAAAUGGGAAGGACUCCAAACCCUGAUAUCAUGUGCAAUAAAAAUAUUAAAUUUAAAUAUUUAUUGCAGUUUGCUGUGGAAAUCCUGGGGGCAGAUGCAAUGGCAACUGGUCAUUAUGCGAGAACAUCACAGCAUGAUGAAGAGGUUUUCCAACAAAAAUAUAUCAGAAAAACUGAAGAUAGUUUUCGUAACCACAGUAAGGAUGCUAUUGCAGCUGUGCAACUCUUACGGGCUGCUGACCCAAAGAAAGACCAAACAUUCUUUCUGAGUCAGAUAUCGCAGCAUGCUUUGCGACAUACCAUCUUUCCCCUUGGUGAAUUGAGGAAAAAUAUUGUAAAGGAAAUGGCAGCUGAGGCAGGAUUUCACCAUAUAUUAAAAAGAAAAGAAAGUAUGGGAAUCUGUUUUAUAGGUGAAAGAAAUUUUGAAAACUUUAUUCUUGAGUAUCUAGAACCUCGCCCUGGAAACUUCGUUUCUAUAGAAGAUGGAAAAAUUAUGGGAACACACAAAGGUUGGUUUCUAUUCACUUUGGGACAACGAGCCAGGAUAGGUGGUCAAAGAGAUGCCUGGUUUGUCGUAGACAAAGACAUAAAUACAGGGGAUGUGUUCGUGGCACCAGGAACCAGUCACCCAGCUCUGUACAGGAAUUCACUGCAAACUGAUCAAGUCCAUUGGAUUGCUCAGGACGCACCAUUAGAACUGCUCAGGCACAAAUUGAUGCAGUGUCACUUUCGCUUCCAGCACCAGAUGCCACUUGUGCAGUGCCAGUUAACCCUAAAUCCAGAUUCUACAGUUUGGGUGACUCUUGUUAAACCAGUCAGAGCACCAACUCCAGGACAAUUUGCUGUGCUCUAUAACGAUCAAGAAUGCCUCGGCAGUGGUAAGAUUAUUGAGCUUGGCCCUUCCCUGUACACACUUCAAGGAGGAAGAGAGGACACAAUUUGUGAAACCCACAAGGCUGACAUAACUGGUUAAAGACCUGACCACACUAUCUUUAGUUAAAUAUGAAAAGGUGCUGUGAAUCAAUAGACCAGAACUAGUUGUAUUUAUAAACAUGCUGGAAUCCGAAUGUACCAUAAUAAAAUUACAUGGUUGACGCCUGUCACCAGCGAUGUGCCACAAGGAUCAAUGCUGGGUCCACAGCUUUUUGUCAUUUAUAUAAAUGAUUUGGAUGUGAAUAUAGGAGGAAUGGUUAUUAAGUUGGCGGUGUAGUGGACAAUGAUGAAGGUUAUUUCAGAGUACAACGGGACUUUGAUCCGAUGGGCCGAGGAGAGGCAGAUAGAGUUUAAUUUAGGUAAAUGUGAGAUGUUGCAUUUUGGUAAAGCAAAUAAGGGCACGAUUUGUACAGUCAAGGGUAGCGUUCUAGGGUGUGUUGACGAAUAAAGAGACCUUGAAAUGCAGGUUCAUGGAGUUGGAAUGUCAUGUUGCGGCUGUACAGGACAUUGGUUAGGCCACUUUUGGAAUAUUGUGUGCAAUUCUGGUCUCCCUGCAAUAGGAAGGAUGUUUGUAAACUUGAAAGGAUGCAGAAAAGAUUUACAAGGAUGUUGCUGGGGUUGGAGGGUUUGAGCUAUAGGGAGAGGCUGAAUAGGCUGGGUAUAUUUUCCCUGGAGUGUCGGAGGCUGAGGUGUGACCUUAUACAGGUUUACAAAGUCAUGAAGGGCAUGGAUAGGGUGAAUAGUCAAGGUCUUUUUCCCAGAGUAGAGUCGUCCAAAACUAGAGGGCACCAUUUUCAUACAGAGGUGGAGGAGGCUGGUACAAUUAUAACAUUUAAAAGGCAUCUGGAUGGGUACGAGAAUAGGAAGGAUUUAGAGGGAUAUAUGCCAAAUGCUGGGAAAUAGGACUAGAUUAAUUUAGGAUAUCUGGUCGGCGUGGACAAUGUGGACUGAGAGGUCUGUUUCUGUGCUGUAUAUCUCUAUGACUCUAAUGAUAUUUUAAAUGUUUACGGAGAAGUUUAUGACUGUCUUUUGUGAUUCUGGUUCCUGUGGAUUUUAAUGCUAUAGAGUAAAUUUUCAAAGUCUUUGUACCUGGGUCUCUAGAAGUUUCAGAAUCAGAGAUCACUGCAACCAAUUUAUGGUGGUCAAUUUAAAACAAUUUAAAUUCCAGUUAGCAAAACAUACCUUAAAUGAUCAGAAAAAGAGCUGUAUUUUGUGGAGUAUUUCAUCCAUCAUUUUUGUAUUUUGUUUCCAAAUAGAAUAAAUAUAUUUUAAUUCUAAAA